GUUAGCAUAUUUGUUUAUCGGAAGUUUUAACCUUCAAAUCAACUUGAGUUUUACAUUUGUUUGAUAGUGGUAGGUUUGGUGCAACUUGUUUACGACUGCCGGCCGUGGUUAGAUGUGCUUGAUUUGUUCAACUAUUUAAUUUAGCUGACAGUACUUGUAAAACUCAUUCAGUAAAAUGGCAACCUUUUCACAAUCCACCAUCGAAAAGGGAUCUGACAUGAUCCAAGACUUCUUGUGCUCAACCUGCGAAGACAAGAAAUUGGAUAAUACAGCUGAUUUCUACUGCGAAUCAUGUGUUAAGUUUUACUGUAGAACAUGUAUUGGCAUGCACAGCCAGUGGUUUACAAAACAUGCCCCCUAUGGAAGGGGAGCUAUGAAGAAAUGACCAGUGCCCAAGAAGCUGGAAAAUUUUCUUCUAAAAUGUGAUAUCCAUAGAGAUAAAAUAACAGAAAUGUUUUGUAAUGAACACAGUGAGCUGUGCUGCACAAAUUGUGCAUUCCUUAAUCACAGACACUGCCAACAAGUAACUCUCAUAUCCGACUGCGUAAAAAGUCAGUCUACAGACCUUCAACAACUGUCAGUUUCUAUCCAAACUAUACUGAAAGAAAUUAAGAAACUUCAAGACAACCAAGAGGAUAGCAUUAGAUCUACUCAAAGUUCAUAUGAUGAGCAGUUACAAACGAUACAGGAAACUCGCAGAGAAAUAAAUGCAACCUUAGACACAAUUGAACAGAGAACACUGAAAGAAAUGAAAGAUACUCUGACCAAACUGCAAGUCUCUUCCAAAAGUGAUAUUGACAAAUGCAUCAGGCUGAGGGGUGAAUUGGAACAACUUCGAGACGCCAUACAGGACAUUAAUGAUAAAAGCAAGCUGGAACUAUCAUUUAUAGCCACCAGGAAAUGUGCGGAGAAAAUACAACUGUCAGAAACAUUUUUGAAGAAAAACUCUUUUCAAGUUAGAGUUUCAAUAACAUUCCAGCCUAACAACGAUGUUUUACAGUACUUGUCCAAUCUUUCUGGUCUUGGGAGAAUUGAACACAGUACCCAAACAUUGAUGGUAAAAGAGAACUCAAACAAGGUGUUCACUGUGCAGGGGAAGUCUGUACAAAAUGUGAAAAUAUCAAGUGAUUCAGACGAAUGCAAUAUUACAGCCAUAUGUGUUCUCCAAUCUGGACAGUUUCUGGUUGCAGACAACGCUAAUAAGAAUGUCAAGCUGCUUGACCAGCAUUACCAGGUGGUGAAUCAUUGGAGUGCGACAGCCUAUCCACAGGACGUUUGUAAUAUAACACCCAGUGAGGUGGCUGUGACUGUCAAUGGAAAUGCUAAUGAAAUACAUGAGGUCCAGUUUAUCACAGUCAAUAACAGGAAGCUGGUGAUAGGAAGUAAGCUCAAGUUACAACAUGAAUGUAGAGGUACAGCUUUCUACUGAUGAUACUGCACUGUACAAGUAUACACUGAAUGGGAAACUUGUCAGCAAGAUGUUCGAGGAUAAAUCAGACCGUUGUACAGUGUAUAUGUGUGCUGUGAGCCCCACAGGGGACAAGUUGUACAUCGCUAACUUAUCCAAGCACAAUCUCCUCACGCUGGCCAAGGAUGGUUCAGUCCUUGCCAUCUUCACUGACCAUGCACUGAAAAACCCUCGAUGUGUACAUGUGACACCUGCAGGCCAGGUGCUGGUUUGUGGAUACCAGUCCAACAUUAUCCUUCAAGUGGAUGAUGAGGGAAAAAGGAAACUGGCCAUUCUUGCUACAAAGGAGGAUGGAUUGCUACAAUAGACACACUUCGUCAAUCAUGAUGGGUCUUCUUAAAAACAGCAGUAUCCUGGUGUUCAAAGUGCAAUAGCGUUAUUCUAUGCGAAUCUUGACCAUUCAGGUGGUUUAAAUUGCCAUGUGAUUGUUUUGUUGUGUGUUUGAAAAUUGUGUACUAAACACUUGUGUUUUUGCAGGUGCAUUUAUUUUGUAAACAAAUAAUUUCAUAAGGUCAAAGAAUGUUAAGAUUGUCUGUGAACAUUACAUAUAUAUAUUACAUUAUAUAUAUAUGUGUGUGUGUGUGUGUACAUGCAUAGAUUGGCAUUUCUUUAACAUACAUAAUAGUAUAUUGCAGAUAACUUAAAUUUUUUGUAUCUUGUAUUUUGAUAAAUACAGUCAAAACCCGAAGGCUCGAACUCGCUUUGCUCGAAUUGCAGUUGGCUCAAACCCUCCUUGAAGAAGCAACUAUUUGUUAUUGCUAUAUAUUCAUAUAAUUUUUGUCGGAGUGCUCGAAUUCCCGAGAGUAGAAUUAUCGGAUGACUCGAACUGUUUUCACGGUCCCUUUCACAAUGUUCACACGUUCUUUUGUUCGUUUAGCUCAAACUCACUUUGGGUUGCAUAAGCUGGUAAUCAAUAGGAGCGCAUGAUUUAAGACACGCCAUAAUUGCAACAAAUUAUCGUCUCAAUUGUUAAUUAAUUAGAGUAAAAGAUGACUUUUUGUAAAAAAAAUCUGGCUGUUUUUGUGGAUGCAGAACAAUGUCAAGUUGAUGGCAUAUAAAACUUUGCAACUUUGUAUCAGUACAACAACUCAUGAACAAAAAACAGACUGACAUUCUAAAAAAAACAACAAGCACACAACUACUUGCUGAUUAAUAUUUCAGCCAUGUGUAAAUAGUGCGUAUGCAUGGUAUUUAUAUAUAGUUAUAUAUAUAAAUACAUGUAUUAUAUGAUAUUUGUUUGAUUGUCAGUGUAACAUUUUAAACAUAUUGAUGAAUGAAAGUAUUAAGUAUUUAUUUGGUUCUUAUAAAUUCAAUAGCAGAAAGUAGUACGGGGUUCUGGUAGUAUGAAUACUCGUCAACUGGUGAUGUAAAUCUUUUGCGUAUUUAUGUAAGUAAACAUAAAUUUAUUAGAAAUCGGUUGGCUCGAAAUCCGAAUGGCUCAAACUGUUGCUGUCGGUCCCAGCGAGUUCCAGCCAUCGGGUUUCGCCUGUAGUUUUUUUCCUGCACUGAACACAGUCAUGCUUCUUGGUUAUUUAUAACUAUAUAUAUUCAGCAAAGCUGUCUCACACAGGUUUUGUUAAACAUUAAUAUCCAUCGAAAUGAUGAGAAUAUUUUCCGCCAUGAGACCUAAAUUAAUAAAUGAUAAUUCAGAAUGGCCUAAUAUGAAACGUACAGAUGUGCAACAUUGCGUUUUGCACUAGUGUAAACCAAGUAUACAGUGUGAAACUAUUUGACCAAGUUUAGAAAUGUUAAGCAGCUACAGCAGUUUGACAAUUAACUGUUUAAAUCAACUUGUUCGUGCCCCUUUAGAUUUACCUGAUGGUAUAUUCUUGAAGGCUGUGUUCUCAUAAAACACAAUUAGUUUAUUUUACGCUUUCCAGUGGUUUAUAGAGAAAUAUUAGUGAAUUAAAACUGAUAAUUCACUGUUUCAAACAUUGAAAAUUAAUAGUGAAAAUUAUCGAUGAUUUUCAUUGUUUUACCAAAACUAUUUUGUAUUCCACAUUGUGACCCCCAAUUUUACCAAGGGCGACUACUCUGAAAUUAAUUUUUAUAACAUCAUACGGAAUAGCUUCCCUUGAACAUUCAUAUAUAUUACUGUUAUGUUCGUCUGUUUUUAAUAACACAUUUUUAUUGUUGAAAUGAUAAUUUGUGAUCGUU